AUGAAGUUCAAUGAAGGAAAAUAUCAGGUUCUGCACCUGGGGUGGAGCAGUGCCAGACACAGGCACAGACUGGAAGAUGAGUGGCUUCAGAACAGCUCAGCAGAGAAGGAUCUGGGUGUCAGUGACAUCAGGCUCAGCAAGAGCCAGCAGCAUGCCCUUGCAGCCAAGAAGGCAAGUCGAAUUUUGGGAUGUCACCGUUGUCCACAUCUACUCACCAAGCCCUUUGAGAAGAGUGAGAAGCCAUGUGCACUGUCAGAGUACAUGGAGAAAUACCCUCUUUAUCCCAGCACUCUUCCCAGAGACUCUUUCAAACCAAAAGCAGAAUACAAGACGGCAAAGACACCCAUGGAAGGCACUUCAGUGACAAAGAGAGAUUAUGUAGCUCAUGAAGUGUUGCCACAGAAACUUAAAGAACCUGAAAAGCAUGUCAAGAGUGAUGAGAGCAUGGAUUUGACCUCUGUUUAUAAACAAGACUAUAACUCCUACCCUAUCUGUCAAGUACCUCCUUGCCUCCCCUGUGAGACAAGAGAAAUCUCCACUGCCAAGAUGAACACAAAAUCCACUUAUAAAGAUGACUAUAUGCUGUGGGAUGAACCAAAGACAGAGCUGAUCAGACCAGAUCAUGGGUACCACCCAUCAGAAGCAAAAUUUGACCACAGAACUGUUGUUCAAGAUGAGUAUUUCUUCAGGGGACCUGUUGCAACUCAAAGCUUCAAACCUCUGAAUUUGAUUCAGAAGAGCAAGGCUCCCUUUGAGAAUAUGACAGAUUAUACAGCAAAUUAUGUGCUACAUCCUCUGGAGAAACGUUACAUCCAUCAAUAUGAGAAAUAUAAGCCCAGUGAGGUUCCAUUUAAUGGCCUCACUACUAACAAAAUUUCUUACAAGGGGCUGGCUGGUACACCAGCCAAAUUGGCAAAACCAUACCAGCCAAAGUUAUUCCAUGAUCCAUUUUUCUCUUCAACUGAGUUUCAGGAAAAAUACAAACCCUGGCCACAGCCUCCUAUAUUUACCAAAAAACCUGCUGAAUAUGUUCCUCCUAUGGAGAAAAUGGACCUUCAUACCACUACCCAGUUACACUUCAGGCAUCUAAAUGGCAAGCCAGCCAAGAUGUGUCUACCAUUGGCCCAGCAUAAUAUAAGUACAGAACCAUUUAACAGCUCUUCAACAACGAAGGAAGAUUAUAAGCCCUGGAUGUGCAAGAGAGUAAAGCCUAUCACUCAUGCUCCUGAGCUGACUUUCCCAGCCAAACCAAUGGAUUUCUUGACUACCUUUCGGACUCAUUAUCUGCCUCAACCACUCAUGCUUACAAAAAGCUAUAAACCUCCCUGGCCAGGCCCUAGGCCUCACAUUCCACUAAAUGCAAAAACCAUCUAUGCUACCAGCUACACACCAAAGGGUAUUGUUAGAUGUUUAGCCUCUUACAAAAACCCGCCUGGAUAUAUCUUUGAGGGAACCAAUGCUGAUGGUCACAAAUUCUAUGUCCCUGCUUCUGAAGAAGAAUGUCUACAAGGUUGCCACUGA